AUGCACAUAGUUUCAAAGACCUUAUCUUGCUUCUGUCCCAUUCCCUCUGAAAAGUGCAAGUUCUGGAUGGCUAUUACUAAGCCUUCUAUUGUUGCAUCCUUUGAUUUUGAGAUACCAACCUUUUUUUCGGAUACAUCUGAACUUGAGUGUGCCAAUGGAGGCCAUACUAAGGCAGAUAAACAUAUCUCAGCAAGAGAAUACUAUGUGUAUAAACUCCAAAGCCGGCCAAAUAAUCUGCUUCUCAGAGCUGGCCGUUGUUUACAGCAAUAUAUCGUGGAUAUGUACGUGAAGAUUGAAAACACUCGGCUAUAUUUUUUCCGAAGGAACCAGGCCACUAUACGGGGAGACCUAUACCAAGGGAUCCUGGACACCGUAGAGAGCGGGGAAACAAAUGCAAGAAAUAUGGGGCAUCGUGUUGUGCUCCCCCCAACUUUUAUUGGUGGACCUCGGGAUCUUAAAAAAAGGUAUUUAAACGCAAUGGCGCUGGUGCAACGAUGUGGGAAGCCAGAAUCGUUUGUCACAAUGACGUGCAAUCCUAAUUGGCCAGAAAUAAAGCAAGAGUUGGGCAUCGGAGAAGAAGGGCAAAACCGACCUGAUCUGGUUUCGAGAAUAUUUAGGGCCAAGUUGCUAGCCCUUAAGAAGCAGAUAAUGGAAAAGCACGUGUUCGGGAAGGUUGCUGCAAUGAUUUACGUGGUUGAGUUUCAAAAACGGGGACUUCCUCAUGCACAUUUCUUGAUCAUUCUCAAGCCUAAAUUCAAAAUUAAAACUACUGCUGAUUAUGACAAGUUUGUAUGUGCUGAAAUCCCCUUUGUGGACAACCCCCGGCUCAGGAAGAUCAUCCUCAAACAUAUGAUGCACGAGCCUUGUGGCCACCUAAACCCCCAAUUCCCUUGCAUGAAACACAAGGGCUAUACAAACCGUUGUAAAAGUGGGUACCCCAAACAAUUCUGCCAUGAAACGACAACCAUUAAAGAUGGUUUCCCGUUGUACAGGAGAAGGGACACAGGUGAUGCAGUUUCCAUCCGCAAGGCAGAUCUGGAUAAUAGCAUCCAAGAAGUUAAAUACCUCUACAAAUAUGUGUACAAGGGUCAUGACAUGAUCUCGUUCAAUGUCGUGCAACCUGGUGAGCAAAGGUCUGUGGAUGAGAUCGACCAGUUCCAAUCGGGUAGAUGGGUAUCUCCUUGCGAGGCUGCAUGGAGGAUUUUUGGGUUUGAUUCGUAUGAGAUGCAUCCGGCUGUCCUUCCACUUCAGGUCCACCUACCUAACAUGCACACAGUUCAGAUAAGGCCUCAUGAACGCCUUGAUGCGCUUGUUGCAGCUGAUAGACAUUCUCGGAUUCCUCUGACCGAGUUUUUCCGGGCAAACGCUGCCACACCAGAUGGCACAGGCUACCUGUAUGGCCAAUUCACAGAAAAAUAUAGAUGGGAUGGUGCUGCAAAGCAGUGGCUCUUGAGGAAAAACAAAACCGUUGUCGUCGGUAGGCUGGCUUUUGUUGCUCCAUCUGAAGGGGAACGCUAUUUUCUGAGAUGCGCAACUUUUCAAGAAGCAGCCCUUAAACGCAACUUGCUUGAGGAGGAUGACGUAGUUGAUCUUUGCUUAGCUGAGGCGUGUGCCGUACAAAUGCCUAUUGCUCUGCGUAGCCUCUUCGCGACUGUCCUGAUUUUCUGCCAACCAAGUAACCCUAGUGCGCUCUGGCUAAAGUACUAUGCUGCACUGUCAGAGGAUUAUAACUGCCAGUUCCCAGAUUCAGAGGGUAAGGUCAGGCAACUCACAGCCAUAUCAGUUGAGCAAUGUUUGGAAGAAAUGGGUAAAUCAUUCAAAACUUUUGGCCUGGACCACUUGAUUAAGCCUUCAGAUGAUGAGCUUUCAAGAACACGAGACAUCAUUGAUUCCCUCGAUGCACCAAUAUAUGACCACUGCAUCCGCUGUCGUGAAAGCCUAAACCCGGCCCAGAAAGAAGCAUUCACCUGCAUCAUUGAGCAUGUGAAACAAAAGAAAGCUGGUGCGUUCUUUAUAGAUGGCCCAGGUGGAACAGGGAAAACCUUCUUGUACAACGCCCUGUAUACAGAGAUUCGACUUAUGGGUCUGAUUGUGCUUCCAACUGCUACAUCAGGCAUAGCCGCAGCCAAUAUACCAUCCGGAAGAACGGCGCAUUCCAGGUUUAAGAUUCCCAUCGAUACUAAAGCUUCCCUCGCCUGCGAUGUGCCCAAACAAGGUAGCCUGGCUGCAUUGAUAAAGGAGACAACGCUGAUCAUAUGGGACGAGGCUUCAAUGGCCAGGAAUGAAAAUGUUGAGUCCCUGGAUUUACGGCUUAGGGACUUGUGUGAUGAAAACCAGCUCUUUGGAGAGAAGAUACGAGCCCGAGAAGAUCCACACUUUUCAGCGUUCUUGCUUGCCCUGGGAAACGGAGAACUACAGACUGCUGACAAUAGCUAUGUCCAGCUACCGAGCGAAGUAGUUCAACCUCUAGAGCAUGGAAGGGACCCGAUCACAGACCUGACCUCACUUACAUUUCCCGAGUUAGACCUCCACAACUUUACGUCAGACAUAUUUACAACAAUAACAAUACUGACUCCAAUGAAUGAUUAUGUUGAUUCCAUCAACAAAAAACUUAUUAAGAAAUUCCCAGGCCAGCCUAUUGUGUAUAAAAGUUUUGACAUGAUGCUUGAUGAUAAUUGCAAUGUUUAUCCUACGGAAUUCAUCAAUACAUUGUGUCCCAUUGGGAUGAGCCCUCAUGAGCUCGUCCUAAAGGAGGGAAGCCCAAUUAUUUUGCUCCGGAAUAUAUUGUCAUUAUCCGGCUUGUGCAAUGGUACGCGGCUAAUCUGCAAGGGGUUUUUCCCCAACCUCAUUGAGUGUGUGAUUCUAACUGGCCACCACAAAGGGAAGCAUGUUUUUAUACCGCGUGUAAAACAAAGGCCUUCGCCCUCCUCUAAACAUCCAAUUCUCUUUCAGAGGAAACAAUUUCCCGUGAACUCAGCUUCGCAAUGA